AUGCGGUGCAAGGAGUACCUUUAUUGGAACCUCUCAAAAGUUGCAGAAGUGCUUUGGAAUUUCAAGGUGUGGAUUGAGAAUCAAAGUGGCUACAAGAUUCAGGCUAUUAGAUCAGAUAAUGGGAUUGAAUAUACAUCAGAUAAAUUCACUAAAUUUUGUGAAGAAGCAGGAAUUGAGUAUAAGUUGACAGCUCCUUACGCUCCGCAACAAAAUGGGGUGAAGAGAGAUAAACUUAAUAAGAGAGCUGAUCCAGGGAUCUUUAUAGGUUAUAGCAGUGUCUCUAAAGCCUAUAAAGUAUUUCAACAUCAAUUUGAAAAAAUAGUGAUGAGCAAAGAUAUUCAAUUUGCAGAACUAGAAAAGUGGCACUGGGAAGAGAAAAGGAGGAUACCAGAUGAUGGAUUAUCAUCUACAACCUCUCCAUUAGAUGAUACCAUUGAUAACAUUUCAGUUACAUCUACAACCUCUCCAUUAGAUGAUACCAUUGAUAACAUUCCAGUUAGAGGUACAAGAUCAUUAUCUGAUGUUUACCAGAGAUGUAAUGUGUCUUUGGUGGAACCUAAAUAUUUUGUAGAUGUAGUGAAGGAUCCAAAGUGGAUUGAACCUAUGAAGGGUGAGUUGAAUAUGAUUGAGAAGAAUCAAACUUGGGUUUUAGUUGAUAGACCAGAACAUAAGAAAGUCAUAAUGGGUGUUCAAAACAAAGUUGAAUGA